AUGGCGAUCAGCGGCCAUGGUCGCAGACUGCUGCGCCAGAGGGCAGCCGGCAGCGGCGAGGGCGGCAGCGGCGAGGGCAGCGGCGCGCCUGACGAGGAGCAACAGCUGCGCGACCAGGCCCGCCUGCUUAACGAGCUCUUCUAUUCUCCAUCGGCCGUUGAGUCUGAUGAUGCCUCAGGUCCCCACCCCUCCCGGGAAGCAGCACCCAGCAGCGCCGCUGGCGAAGCCGACCCGCCCAGCCCUCUGCUCCUCCACGACCUGCCGCUGUGGCGGGUGCAGUGGGCCGCGCUGCCCGGCAACUUUGAGAUCACGCAUGUACAUGUGCCGCACUACUGCGCCAUGUUUCAGCGCCUCUUCCGCGGCCCGCGGCCGCACCGCUUCGGCCACGUGUACCUGCCAGAGGGCAGCAAGAACCUGGGCAACCCGGAGUAUGCGCUGGCGCCUGGCACCAAGGCGCCGCUGGCGGGGACGCUGAUGGAGGUGCUUCAGGCGGUACGGUUCAGCGACGGCCGCCUGCUGAUCCUGGCGGUGGGGGUGGGGCGCUUCCGAGCGGUACGGGAGACGCAGGAGGUGCCGUACUGCCGAGCCACCGUGGAGCUGCUGCUGGAUGCCGAGGAGCAGCAGCAGUUUGAAGGGCUGGCGCUGCAGGCCGUGGAGAGCGUGCGCGGCGGGCUGGACGCCGGCGGCGGCGGCGGCGGCGGCGGCGAGAUCCCGCUGACGGCGCUGAUGGCGGCGGUGCCGUCGGCGGCCCGCGAGGCCGCGGCGGUCUACUGCCAGGCCUGGCUGGACUAUGAACUGUCAGAGGCGAGGGUGGAGGGCGCCGAGGGCCCCGCCGUGAUCGACGGCAGCCGCAGCGGGGAUGCCCAGGUGCUGGGCAGGCGCCUGGCUGCCAUCGCGGGCAACGAAAUCAUGGAGCUGCCGUUCUUCCAGGCGCUCAGCAGCGCGGCGCAGGAGGCCGCGGCGGGAGACGCGGCAGCGGCGGCGGCAGCGGCGGGGGCAGCAGGCAACGACGCCAGCAGCGGCAGCGGCAGCGGCAGCGGCGUGUUGCAGCAGGCGCUGGCAACCCAACGGGCUGUGCUGCGCCAGACAGAGGCGGCGGCCUACAUGCUGGCCACCUCAGCGGCUGCCCGCUGCGUGGCGCGGCACCUCGUCCAGCACCCCGACGGCGCGGGCAGCGCCGGCGCCGCCGCCGCGGCCUCCGCCCCGCGCUCGGCUCCGCCGGCGCUGAACACGGCCAGCGAGCGCGGCAUCGCCACGCAGGCGCCGGAGGAAGUGCUGGAGGCGGAAGAGUGCCUGAGCAGCGAGCCCGACAGCCUGGCGGUGGCGCUGCGGCUGGAGGCGGCGGUGUGGCGCGAGAUCGCCGCCGUGCACGGGCUAGCCAGCAAGCUGCGGGAGCGAGCCGCGCCGCUGCCAGAGGGCCUGCGCUGCCUGCAGCCCUGGCAGCUGCGGGCAUGUGACGCGGGAGGAGCGGCAGCGGCAGCGGCAGCGGCGGCAGCAGGAGGAGAGGGAGGGCAGCCGGGGGAGGGGGCGGAGGGUGCGGGAGCGUCCUCCGGCCGCCCUGGCGCGCAUCCAGACUACCCAGCUCUGCGCCGGGUGCAGCGCCUGUCGUUUGGGGUUGCCUCCCUGCUGGCAAACGUGUCUGCUGCGGAAGGGCGGCAGGCGUGGGUGGAGGCGGGCAGCACCUGCGCGCGGCUGCGCCUGGGGCUGGCGGCGCUGCGGAAGCACCGGCAGGUGCUGGCGGCGGUGGUGGCGGUGGAAGGCCUGGGCGACCUGGAGCGCAAGGACGCUCGGGCAGAGAGUUUCAUCCUCAUCAUUUUCCUCCUCCUCUCCGACUACUAA